UAUUUUACAGGACGAAAAAGUUCGGGAAAUAGUUUAGAUAUUUUUGGUCCUACGAUUUUUUCUCUUAAAAUUAAGUUAAUAAACGUGACACUGUUCAAAACUUUGUAAUUAUGAGUUCAAAAAUGAAAUUUUGGAAGCCAGGUGAGGAGGCCCCAGGGCGUGGCCUUCAGGAAGAGAGGGGAUCAGGACGUGAGGGGGAAGCCCAGCCAGCUGUGUACAACCCAAACAAGUCCCUAUCUAUAGAACAACAGAGACAAAAACUGCCAAUCUUCAAGGUGAGGAACCAUAUUCUGUACAUGGUAGAGAAGUACCAGACAGUUGUCAUUGUUGGAUCCACAGGCUGUGGGAAAAGUACACAGAUUCCACAGUACUUGCUGGAAGCCGGUUGGGGAGAUGAAGGUCACCUUAUAGGCAUUACCCAGCCACGAAGGGUGGCUGCCAUCACAGUGGCUAACCGGAUAGCAGAAGAGAAAGGCUGUCUAUUGGGGGAUGAGGUUGGGUAUCUCAUACGGUUUGACGAUUGUACAGAUGCACACAAAACUCGCAUCAAGUGCAUGACAGAUGGAAUGCUGAUCCGAGAGAUCAUGCAAGACCCACUCCUUUCGAAAUACAGUGUUGUCAUGUUGGACGAAGCCCAUGAGAGGACACUCUAUACUGACAUCAUUCUUGGGCUUGUGAGAAAGAUCCAACAGAAACGGGAAGACUUACGGGUAAUUGUGGCCUCUGCGACCCUCAAUGCUGAGGAGAUCAAAGACUUUUUCAACAGAAAUGAAUCAUCAGAUUUUAGUAAGGACACAGCGGCCAUUUUGAGCAUAGAGGGGAGAACCCAUCCUGUCGACAUUCACUACUCACUUGAUCCAGUACCAGACUAUGUGAAGGCCACAGUGGAGACCAUUGUGAAGAUUCACAACAAUGAGAAACAAGGAGAUGUGCUCGCCUUCCUUACUGGCAUGGAUGAGGUGAACACAGUGACAUCAAUGUUAAUAGAGGAAGCUAAAAAGCUGGUAAAAGUGAAAGACGCCAUGAGGAUGAAGAUUGUCCCAAUGCAUGGCAGUCUGCCUGGCGCUGAACAGAUGAAGGUAUUUGAGAGAACACCCAAGAACUGUCGGAAGAUUGUUGUGGCGACAAACAUAGCUGAAACCUCCAUCACCAUAAACGGCAUUGUCUAUAUUGUUGACAGUGGAUUCGUAAAAAUUAAGAACUACCAUCCAAAGACGGGUAUUGAGUCACUGAUAGUUGUACCAGUUUCCCAGGCAUCCGCUGACCAGCGGGCAGGCCGUGCAGGGAGAGUAAGGGCCGGAAAGGCUUUCAGACUGUAUACUGAAUCAUCUUAUGAGAAGUUAUCAGAGAAUACUGUUCCGGAAAUGCAGAGAUCCGAUCUGGCCCCUGUUAUACUCCAACUUAAAGCCCUUGGCAUUGCAAAUGUGCUCAGAUUUCAUUUCCUUUCUGCCCCUCCGGCUCAAAACAUGGUUCGAGGUUUAGAACUUCUAUAUGCGUUAGGAGCCCUUGAUGACAACGGUAACUUGACGUCUCCUCUCGGUCUCAGAAUGGCGGAGUGUCCACUUACCCCCUCUUUUGCGAAGAUGCUGCUGGUCUCUGGAGAGUUUGGCUGCUCAGAAGAGGUUGUUAUUGUAGCAGCCAUGUCACAGAUACAAAAUGUCUUUGUAACCCCAACAGGGCAAAGACAUACUGCAGAUCGUAUGAAGAAAAAGUUUUCUGUUGAAGAAGGGGAUCAUGUUUCUCUAGUAAACACUUACAGGGCAUUCAUUAAGUAUGGCUCGUCGAAAGCUUGGUGCCAUGAGAACCUUCUCAACUACAAGGGUCUGGUACGUGCCGGGGAGAUACGACAUCAACUCACGAGGAUACUACAGAGAUUCAACAUACCAAUACUGUCGUGUGGAGAGGAUGUUGAGCCGCUAUGCAAGUGCAUCACAGCGGGCCUUUUUGCCAACACAGCACGAUUUCACCCGAGUGGAGUGUACCGUACUGUAAGGGAUGACCACACCCUGUAUAUACAUCCCACCUCUGUGUUGUACACAGAGAAGCCCCCAAAAUGGGUUGUUUUCAAUGAGGUGGUUCAGACGACCAAGGACUACAUGCGAGAUGUGACUGUCAUCGAUCCAGGCUGGCUCUGUGAACUGGCACCAGACUUCUACCAGUUUGGAACUGAGAGGGAAAUAGCUGCGAAAAGGACAAGAAGGGACGCAAGCUGAUGCAGAUUGCCUCAUCAUUUUAUAGUUCAUCAUAAAUCUUGGUGCAAAAAAAUCUGGCUCAUUGGCUGUUUUACCACAGGAUGUCAUUACAAAACAUUGAGCAAAAAUCCUGCACUGAAUCUAUCAAAAAGUGACACAUUGAUGUUUAUGCUUUGAAAGCAUAAAGCUUGAAAAAUCGCAUGGAAAUAAGGCAUUUUAUUGAGGUGCCAAAUAGUGCUUUGGAUUGACGUUUUAUUAAUAGUGAUUUCGUGUGACAUUUUGAAAUGUCCAUGUAUCAUAAAAACUUUACCUUAGGUCAAAGCCUUUGAUUUGGAAUUGAUUUUCACUUUUGCACAAUAUGAUGAUUAUUUAUUCAAUAAAAAAAUGAAUCUGCCAAAAUAUUGACUUUGAUGCUUGUUUCAUUUUGUAUAUGCUCAUACACCAAAAUAGAUAAAGAUGUCAUUGGAAUUUGAUACCAGAAAAAUGGUAUGCAGAUAAAAAAAAAAAGCUGCAGGAUUACAGCUGUUGUAUGGACAAACCAUAAUCAGAUUGUAAAAUGGACAUUGAAAAGACUGAUUCCAAGACUUGUAUAUACAUGAGACGCAUAGGGCCAAGUUUCUAAGAAAAUCUGGACGCUGUUUUAAUGAGAUGUAUCAACGUGAGCUUAAGAGAACUAGGAGAUCCCCAUUAAAUUAUGGGCAGAAUCUAUACGAUAAAUGUUUAUACAAUAAUUCUAUUGAUAUGCAGUUUGCGUGAUAACUUCAAAAUAUUAUCCUUUUAAAAUUUUGGACUCGACUGGUAGAUAUGUUUAUAUGGAUGGAUUUGUGUUGAUU